CAUCCUGAUGCUUUUCCUUCUAUUGCGUGACGUCACGGUUGGUUUAUAACACAGCGACCGUGCCUCGUUUAGACAUUCCGGCCUCACAUCGUCGAUUGAUUAGAACGCUGUCAUCCAGGAAAGCUGAAUAAUGUUUGGACGCAACAAGAAUGCGGGAAAUAAAGUUAAAGAAAUCGAGGAGAGGGCCGAAUUCAACAGCGUUAUCAAUAACACCAAAGACAAACUAGUUGUUAUUGAUUUCUACGCGGAAUGGUGUGGCCCCUGUCGACAAAUCAAACCGAAAUUCAAGAAAAUGGCUCUAGAGGAGUUCAAAGAUGUCUUCUUCGCUAAGAUUGAUGUUGAUGAGUUAGAGGAGUUAUCAGAGGAUGAACAAAUAACUGCAAUGCCGACCUUUGUUUUUUACAAGAAUGGACAGAAACUGGAGAAACUUGUCGGCGCUAACGAGGUGAAGCUACGCGAACUAAUACUAAAGUACAAGUAAUAAACAAAGAGUUGCCCUGGACUUUUGUAAGAUAGAGAGCAGAUAUCAUACUAUGCUAAGAACAUAAAGUUUUAUUGUUUAAUAAUAUAUUAUUCAAAGGGAUAAAUUAUAAAAUUAAUAGAAAAUAUUAUUAUACAAGUAGUAGAGCUGUCCUUUUUACAUUAGUGGAUAUUUAUAAGAUUACGGAAAACUAUUGUUCUUAUAACAUUCGUGAAAAAUGUUGAUAUUAAUAUGUAUUUAUUAGAUGUAGAGGAUAUUUGGCAUUAACAUUAAAAGCAACUUUAUGCAAAA